UCCGGCUUGCAUAAGAGAGGCACUGGCCAUAUAGUUGCUGAAGUUUGAAUUAUUCGUGACAAUUAGAGAUAAUGAUUAUGACAGUGAUGGUUCCUACUUGCUGAGGACUCGGAGUUAAUAGUGCUCUGGAGUAUAUAUAAUCGUACCCUAGUCUCCUCAGAUAGAAUAAGUAAUUGUCAGGAAUGUGCAGAUGGAAUACCACAACACUCAGUGAUCAAAAUACAGUCCCUGGAAGCAGUCCUUUCUCUAAGUAUCCAUUGAUUGUGAAUCAGUGUUGAGGAUGGAGCUAAAGUCAUGAUAUAUGGAAUGUGUCAGAGCGACUUCUUUGCCUUGUUUACAGGGGUUUGGAGUGCAUUGUGAUUAGAGAGACUACCGUCUGAUGUAGAUGGAGCAGAAACUGUACAGAAUUAUAAAUUAAUGACUAUCUGCAUUCAGAUUAGAUUGAGGGCAUCAAGGCUGUCUGGAGUUGAAGCUAAUACACAAAUGAUUUGGAAAACCCUUGGAUUUUACUGUCGCUGCUAAGAUAACAAGGAGUGCAUCGUAUAUCAAUUUAUUUUAUUUUUCUUUGAAUGACACAAAAGCGAUGUGACUAUAAGCAAUGGGGAUAAAAUGUGAUGAAUUUCACAGGAGACAUAAUUUGUUUAUGAGUUUAAUUCAGGUCAAGGGUCUAUGUCCUUUGAUGCUUUCUUCCUUUAAUGGAUUAGUAUGAUGGUAUACCCCAGCCGAUCCUCAGUUGUCAUUGUUGUGUAUGAUUACCAGUGGUUAUGAUAUGGCUUUGUUCAAAGGGAUUAAGAACUUGCCAAUGAAGCACUCAGUAGAGAAAAUGAACUUACCAAAACGUAGGACUCGCUCAGAUGGUCAAGAAGUAGAACAUGCUGACCAGACCCACUGUAUGCACCCUUCCGUCUCCUCACCAGCGUUCGUGUUCGCACAAAACAGGGCCAACUCUGAGUCCAAGCUUUUUUCCCCCACUGGAACCCCCGACAAAACCAGUGCCAAACUCUCCAAGAGGGAAUCCUUAAAGGUACAGAAGAAGAAUUACCGGAGUCAGAAGAAGCAAGCGGCCAAGGAGCUACAGAGCACGCUGUCCGACUCCUCGGUGGUGGUACUUGCGGACUGGCUCAAGGUCAGGGGCACUCUCAAAAGCUGGACCAAGUUAUGGUGUGUGCUCAAGCCAGGACUACUGGUGCUGUAUAAAAGUGAGAAACAGAAGAGCAGCCAUUGGGUUGGCACAGUUUUAUUGAACACGUGCAGAAUCAUUGAAAGACCGUCCAAAAAAGAUGGAUUCUGUUUCAAACUCUUCCAUCCACUUGACCAAUCCAUAUGGGCCACAAAGGGACCUAAAGGAGAGACCAUUGGGGCCAUUGUACAGCCCCUACCUUACUCCUAUCUUAUUUUCAGAGCAAUGUCAGAAUCUGCAGGAAAAUGCUGGAUGGACGCCUUGGACCUUGCUCUCCGCUGCACUAGCCUGUUGGUACGUUCCAUGAAAAAGGAUGUAGAAAUCGCUCAUGUUGCCUCAGACCUAUCCCAGGAGGCCAUUCUCACCCCCACAUUUCCAACCAAUCAUAGCGAACAGAUGAAUGAGAGUGACUGCGAAAAACAUUUUGAAGGACAAGGCCUUGAUGAGGACAGUAAAACGGACCGAGAGGAAAUGAAGACAGACACAGAAUCCGAGUCAGAGGAGGAGGAGGUCAAGGUGUUUGAGGACGACCGGCCACCCACAGAGACCAAGUAUGUGGAGAAUGCCAGGGAGGAGCUGGGACAGCAAGGCGAUUCCAGUCAGACAGAGGAAGUGGACGAAGAAAACAAAAGCCUUAUAUGGACCCUAGUCAAACAGGUUCGUCCAGGCAUGGAUCUAUCUAAGGUGGUAUUGCCCACCUUUAUCCUGGAGCCGCGGUCCUUCCUCGACAAACUGAGUGAUUACUACUACCACUCGGACAUCCUCUCAGAGGCUGUUUUGUUAGACGAUCCCUAUGCCAGGCUGAAGGCUGUGGUGCGCUGGUACCUCUCAGGAUUCUACAAGAAACCUAAGGGUCUCAAAAAACCAUAUAAUCCAAUUAUUGGAGAAACCUUUAGAUGUUACUGGAAGCAUCCUAAAACUAACAGUAGAACAUUUUACAUUGCUGAACAGAUUUCCCAUCAUCCCCCUGUGUCUGCCUUUCAUAUCACAAAUCGUCAGGACGGAUUCAAUAUCAGUGGCAGCAUCCUAGCAAAAUCAAAAUUUUACGGGAAUUCAUUAUCAGCUAUACUAGAUGGCACUGCCAAAUUAACUUUCCUGAAAAGAGGGGAAGAUUACCUCAUCACUAUGCCUUAUGCUCAUUGUAAAGGAAUUUUGAUUGGUACCCUGACCAUGGAGAUGGGAGGGAAAGUGACCAUCAGUUGUCCCAAAACUAGCUACAGAGCAGAGGUCGAGUUCAAGCUCAAGCCUUUCCUUAAUAUGGGCGAGGCCUCUAACAAGAUCAUAGGGAAACUGAAAGUAGGCUCGGAUACACUGGCCACGCUGGAGGGUCACUGGGACCAGGAUAUCUACAUCAGGGACAGAAGCACAGGGGAGUCCCAUUUGUUUUGGAGUCCAACAGUGGAGGUAAAGGCUCAGAGACUGAGGAGAUUCACUGUGCCUGUAGACCAUCAAGAGGACAUGGAAUCUGAAAGGUUGUGGAAAAAUGUCAGUGAUGCAAUAGCAACUUCUGACAUGCAUGCAGCAACUCAUGAGAAAUAUAUAUUGGAGGAACGGCAGAGAAAUGAGGCUAAGGAGAGGAAGGCCAAGAUGCUGGAAUGGAUGCCGCGCCUGUUUGAGAGGGACCCUCUGACAGGGGACUGGGUGUACAAGUUUGUGGACAUGCGGCCAUGGGAUCAAAGCAAUGACUUGCUGCAGUAUGAACAGGGCUACAGGAUCCAGACGUGGACCAAGCAUCGCACUCCGGUCGUUCGGACCUGCAGCAUCACCAGUCUGGAGCAGAAGCCGGAGACCUUCGUCGGCAGGAAGAUCCUGUCCCGCAACUGUUCCAUCAAAAACAAGGCGUUGUGUGCUGUGGAGGAGAGCGAAAGUUCUACCGCAGAGAUCGAGAAUUCCCGUCUGGAUAGCGACUCCUCAGAGCCUAGUAAAGGUCGAAGGGUACAGAAAUCCUCCUCCAGAGUAAGGUUGUCUGAAGAUGCUCUAGUCAAAGCGAUUCAACCACUGACUAAGCUACAGGAGGAGACAAACGAAUCUUUGAAAUUGAUGAAUGCCCGCCUGAACUCCCUGUCCAAUCGCAUCAGUGAGCAGCAGCAAGGAAGCCUAUCAUCGUGGUCCCUGGUUGUACUGAUUGCUGCCUUUGUUAUUCAGUUGUUUGUUCAGUGGCUCUUUCGGUGAAAAACAUAGAGAGACUACUGUAUGUAAUUUAACGUCCCAUUGAAAUCCAGUAAGAGCAGAUAGGAGACUUUAUCUGUGUGAUGAUUGACUUCUUAUGUUGAUUGUUGUUUUGGGAUCAGGUGCAAUAAUCAUCUACAAUGUAUAUGAUUGUUAUAUCAAUUGAAAGAGUAACUGCAAUGUAUAAUAUGAUUAUUAUAUCAAUGAGUAACUGCAAUGUGUUAUAUGAUUGUUAUAUCAAUCAGUAACUGCAAUGUGUUAUAUGAUGGUUAUAUCAAUCAGUAACUGCAAUGUGUUAUAUGAUGGUUAUAUCAAUCAGUAACUGCAAUGUGUUAUAUGAUUGUUAUUUCAAUCAGUAACUGAUAUGUGUUAUAUGAUUUUUAUAUCAAUCAGUAACUGAAAAGUGUUUUAUGAUAGUUAUAUCAAUCAGUAACUGCAAUGUGUUGUAUGAUUGUUAUAUCAGUCAGUAACUGCAAUGUGUUGUAUGAUCGUUAUAUCAAUCAGUAACUGCAAUGUGCUAUAUGAUUGUUAUAUCAAUCAGUAACUGCAAUGUGUUGUAUGAUCGUUAUAUCAAUCAGUAACUGCAAUGUGUUAUAUGAUUGUUAUAUCAAUCAGUAACUGCAAUGUGUUAUAUGAUCGUUAUAUCAAUCAGUAACUGCAAUGUGUUAUAUGAUCGUUAUAUCAAUCAGUAACUGCAAUGUGUUGUAUGAUCGUUAUAUCAAUCAGUAACUGCAAUGUGUUAUAUGAUAGUUAUAUCAAUCAGUAACUGCAAUGUGUUGUAUGAUUGUUAUAUCAGUCAGUAACUGCAAUGUAAUGUAUGAUCGUUAUAUCAAUCAGUAACUGCAAUGUGUUUCAGAUUUAUGUGUUCAGUUUACUUCAUUUGUUGAUUUUAGCUCUUUAUUUAUUUAUUUCUGCUUGAUUUGUUGUGCAAUAUAUCAAUAUGAGUAUCAGCGUUUGUAUCCCUCUAAUGUGCAAUCUGGGGUUGUUCUGUUACUUUAUGAAUUUAAUAUAUAUUGAGUACUUUAUAUUUACUUGACGUACUAUUUGGUGCAUUAUUUAUGUCUUAUGCUUUAUUUACCAAGUGUAAGCAAUAUUUGCUGCUGUCACAAAUUCUUUUUCUUUCCUUAGCAGGUCUUUAUUUUUGGGAAAGAUACAGUGUAACAAUGUAGACCCAAAGAAUGAAUUGUCAAUCAAUAUUACAUGUAUAAUAUACAGUACUUGUGUUAAUUUAGUAGAAGUUCUAUCCACUGGUACUACUUAAGACUGUAUGAAGUGUCUUGUAGUCAGGUGCAGGCAGUCUGACUUACUAUACAUGUACUUCUAUCUGUAAUGCAUGGCAGAUGUAUCUCCAGGGGGAAUAACAAGCAUGAACAGCUUUUAUGUACUAUUAUAAUAGAUGUUGCUUUGGCCAAGUGAUGAGCUACAUAUACAUGAAACAUUCAAUUUAAAGAAAUGCCAUGUCUGGGACAUAACCAGUGGAGGACCACUUGUUCAAUGGCUAAAACAAGAUAUUGGGCGUGAUUCUUGUGCAAUUAGAUCUGUUUAAAAAGAUAAUUUAAGAUUUUUUUUUAUUAAUUGUACUGUGGUUUAAUUUACAUGUAUAUUAAUGAGAUCCAAAUUUCGUGGAUUUUGUGCAAAUCAUUUUAAAAGAUUUAUAAAUUUGUGGCAGCUGCCAAUGAUCCUAUCAAUAACAAUACAAUAUGUUACUAGAUAUUGCAUGUCAAUGAACAUUUAAUUUUAAAUUUGUGGAUCACAACAAAAUCCAUUUAAAAUGUUAUUCAGUGAAUAUUGAUGAAACCACAGUAUAUGACAUAUCUGGGAUAAUAUCCCUACCUCCAUGUGCAUCCAACUAAAAAGAUGCACAAAUAGUAGACUGAGGAAAUUCUGUAGUAAAAGGGAUUUUACAAACAUGAAGUUAUUGUUGGGAUGGACGUAACUUUUUCACUCAAGUUUUGUCAAGCGUGUACUAGUAUUUAUACAAAAGAUAUUCUGUAUAACCAAGUUCUCUGUACAGAUAAAUGUACAUGUACAUGUUACUGUACCUUAAUUGUUGACAGUUUUAAUUGUAUGCAUAUAUUGAUGCAAUAAAACAAACCAAAAUCUUAAA